AUGGCUAACCCCAGCGUCCGCUUCCUGUCAUUCUUGUUCAAGAGUAAUGAUUUGGUGAGCUUAAGUGGGCUAGUGGCCCUGGUCACUACGAGUGGCCAGGAGCUAUUCUCCUUGUUUGCCUUCCACUGUCCAUGCACACCAGGGUUGAACUUCCAGUACGGGCUGAUGACCAUCGGGGGGCCCGCCUUGGUGUUCUUCUUCAUCAGCAUCAUCCUCAACAACCAAACCAGGAACCUGGUGGCCGAGUGGCGGUGCCACAAGACCAAGAAAUGCUCAAUCAUCACAACCUUCCUCCUCCUAAAGUCCAUCCUAGUCCGUGCUCUCGUGGCCCCAGUCACCUGGUUGGUCAUCUCCCUGCUGCGCGGGGAGGCUUAUGUCUGCGCAUUCAGUGAGUUCGUGGACCCGUCCUCGCUCAUGGCUGGGGAAGAGAGCUUUCCUCUCUCCCAUGCCACGUGGGUCCUGGCCAGGUUCCCUUGCAGGGAGGGCCCUGCCAACCUGUCCGACUUCCGGGAGGAGGUGAGCCGGAGGCUGAACUAUGAGUCUCAGAUGCAGAAUUUGCAGAUGCAGAGCCAGCGGGCUGUGGGUGCUGAGGCACUUAGGGUGCUGUUCAUCUUCUCGAUGGCCAGCCUGCUGUUGCUGAUCAAGUUCUUCCAGUCCUGCUGCUCGAAAUUCGGCUACCGCCAGGAGGACUACUUGACACGCUACCUUGCCAACGAGGAGCAGCUCUUCGAACGCACAGCUGAGGUGCGCUCGCUCGUGAUGGCGGCCAAUAACGUGAAGCGCUUCUUCGGGUUCGUGGCGCUCAACAAGGAGGACGAGGAGCUGGUGGCCAAGUUCCCCGCAAAAGUCACCCACCUGAAACUACAGUGGGACAAGAUCACUGGCAGUUACCUGUUCCAGGAGAAGCUGGGUAUCCCCCUCUACAGCCGCCUGCACGAGUGGGCCCAGGGUCCACGUGGAAAGGCCAGGGUCAUCGACAAAGAGAUGGUGGCCCUGCUCCCCCACCCAGAGCCCAAACUUUCUGCCAGCCGGACUCCCGACCCCAGCAGCCCCAUCCUUCCUCCCGCACCACUGGCUCUGGGGGAAGUAUGA